UUGCGAUAGAGCUGAGGGGGGAGGGGAUGGGUAUUAGCAAGGGUUAUGAAGUAUGCAGGCAGGCCGUUAGUGAUUAUAAGGAGAGUUUUCCGCAAACGUGUGGAGACAAAAUGGCUAUUGAUCUGCUUUCCUUGUUAAGUUCAUGAAGUAUUAUUAACCAUGGGCUUCACGCAUCUUUCAAAUGCGCCCACCUUUCUAUAUGGGCCGGAAACACUACCAGCCUCUUAGAGAUUUUUAUUUUUACUUUUUGGGUUAGAGGUCGGGUGCUGCUGGUACUUUCGCCAUUGAUCCCGAUGGCCCGAGGAGCGGCGGCAUCCGGUAACUCCGGUGGCGGGGGAAAGCUUGCCGGAAGACGUGCCCACUCCAUACAUACACUUCUUGAAAAUCGAAAAAUUUUCUUCGCCGUCGCGUUGUUGCUCGCUGAUGCCGUCCUGGUUUUCCUAAUUGUUCACUAUGUCCCAUAUACUAAGAUUGAUUGGGAUGCUUACAUGUCCCAGGUUACUGGGUUUCUUGGAGGCGAAAGAGAUUACAGCAAAUUGAAAGGGGAUACAGGGCCUCUGGUAUAUCCAGCAGGUUUUCUGUAUAUAUACUCCGCUAUUCAGUAUAUCACCGGAGGUGAAGUAUACCCUGCGCAGGUCUUGUUUGGCAUUCUCUAUAUUGUGAAUCUUGGAAUGGUGCUCUUCAUAUACUUGAAGACUGAUGUGGUUCCUUGGUGGGCUCUAUGCUUGCUUUCCCUGUCAAAAAGAGUGCAUUCCAUCUUCGUGCUUCGUUUAUUCAAUGAUUGCUUUGCCACAACCCUUUUCCAUGCUGCAUUGAUUUCCUUCAUUCACCAAAAGUGGCAUAUGGGCUUAAUUAUUUUCAGUGGUGCCGUCUCAGUUAAGAUGAAUGUUCUCCUCUUUGCACCUCCAUUAUUCAUCCUCUUGCUGAAGGCUAUGGAUGUCUUUGGAGUGAUAACUUCUUUAGCAGGUGCGGCACUUCUGCAGAUUGUGCUGGCGCUACCUUUCUUAUUAUCACAUCCAAUUCCAUAUAUCUCAAGAGCUUUUAAUCUUGGACGUGUAUUCAUACAUUUUUGGUCUGUGAACUUUAAAUUUGUACCUGAACCAGUUUUCAUAUCUAAAGAACUUGCACUAUUUUUGCUGGCCACUCACCUGAUUCUGCUUGCAAUCUUUUGCCAUUAUAGAUGGUGCAGGCAUGAAGGGGGGUUGUUUUGCCUCAUACAUUCUAAACUUGCUCAAAUGAAGCUCAAGGUUGCCUAUUUGAGUUCUUUUCCUCUGAAUCAGCUGAAUAAGUCCAACACGAAUUUGAGGAUUCUAACUACAGAACAUAUCGUGACAACUAUGUUUGUUGGGAAUUUCAUUGGGAUUGUAUGCGCUCGUUCUCUACACUAUCAAUUUUAUUCUUGGUAUUUCUAUAGCCUACCAUAUUUAUUGUGGCGAACUCCGUUUCCUGUAUGGUUGAGGCUGGUCUUAUUUGCAGCUGUCGAAUUCUGUUGGAAUGUGUAUCCAUCUAACACUUAUUCAUCGCUACUGUUGCUCGCUGCUCACUUAGCCAUCUUAGGAGGUCUAUGGGCGAUGCCACCUGAAUAUCCCUACUCCGACUUCCCAAACGACAAAUCUCAUCUAGAAAAGAAAGCCAGCUAAGGAUGGCCGACUUAUGGCCUAUCUUCAAGAACCAUAUCUGUUUUCUCUUAAACUCAAAUGGCUGUAGCGUAUGGAAAGUAUACUUGAAUUUUUGUCUUCACAAUGUAAUCUCAAGACUCACCACAACUGGAGGAAUUGAUCGGCCGCUGCAAUUAUAGUUUGAACAUAUUUUCUGUGACGAAUUAUGUCAUUCCUAAA